AUGCCGGACUUUCAAUUGAGCGAUAUUAAGACUCUGCCCGAUCUGCCCGCUGAGGGUUCGAUCUCCGAGGGGCAAUACGUACUCAAAGCUACGGGCGAGGAGACCGUUCUGACAUCUCAGGAUGAUCAAAUUGUAUCGGAGGUCUGGUUUCAAUCACGUCCUCUGCGAUUAGAAACAAUACAACGAAUCAAGAGCAUCCGACAUUUUGCUGAGUUACACGACCAGGGUCCUGUCGAUGACCCGAGCGCGGGCAAUUGGACAUGGUUCGAGCUUGUCAUUCUCGAGGGGCCGACAUCCAAGACACCUCGCUCCAAAGACGGGGUCCAGCUUGUCUGGGAAAGUCACAGGAAUCGGUUCCAGACCACAUCCUAUGAAUGGAAAGAAGGCGACUUGUUCGGAAACCAUGAUGACAUUGUGCGGCUGAUUGAACCAGGAAAUGUCCUGGCUGUUCGUCUUUGCACACGCUUUCAAGCGUGGAUGAUCUUCGCCAGACAGGGCUAUCUGCGGAUCGAGAUGAGCGAGGAGCCUAUCGACCGCGAGCCAAUCAAGUAUAGUGACUCUGUCUCGCAAAUCAAAUGCAUCCACGAUGCUAUCCAGGCAAUCAAUGAUUCGAUAGAUGCACCGUAA